AUGACGGACACCAUUACUGCAAAUCAAACAAUUGGAGUAACCGACACCAUUGUUUCAUCCGACAAAAACUUCGAGCUCGGCUUCUUCACUCCCGGGAACUCCAACAACUACUUGGCAAUCUGGUACAGGAAAAUCUCAACCGGAACAAUCGCCUGGGUCGCAAACAGAGCUUGGCCGCUCACCGAUUCACUCGGUGUUCCAAAAAUCACAAAUCCAGGAAUUCUGGUUCUUCUCAAUAGCACUGGAAAUGUCAUUUGGUCCUCGAAUUCAUCGACAACAGUUCAGAAUGCAGUGGCGCAGUUGUUUGACAAUGGAAAUCUUGUCGUGCGAGACGAAGAUCAACCCGAAAAUAUUUUAUGGCAGAGUUUUGAUUAUCCUACAGCGACUUUUCCGCCCGGAAUGAAAUUAGGGAAGAAUUUUCUAUCUGGGUUAGACUGGUACCCUGGAGAAAUACUGACGAUCCUUCUCCAGGAAACUUCACAUACCGAGGAGAACCAGGAGUUUGAGUUACCACUCUUUGAAUUGGCUACAAUCGCCAAUGCAACCAAAAACUUUUCAGAAGAUAAUAAGAUCGGAGAGGGUGGAUUUGGACCAGUCUACAAGAGAAUAUUGAUGGAAGGACAAGAAAUAGCUGUGAAGAGGCUUUCUGAAAAUUCAAGACAAGGACUUGACAAAUUCAAGAAUGAAGUUAUUUAUAUUGCCAAACUUCAACACCGAAAUCUUGUGAAACUCCUUGGAUGUUGCAUUGAAGUAGAAGAGAAAUUGUUGAUCUAUGAAUACAUGUCUAACAAAAGCUUGGACUACUUUAUUUUCGAUCAGAAGCGUAGCAUGUUGUUAGAUUGGCCUAAACGCUUCAAUAUUAUUGUUGGGAUUGCACGAGGACUUCUUUAUCUUCAUCAGGAUUCUAGAUUGAGAAUUAUUUAUAGAGAUCUAAAAGCUGAUAAUAUCUUAUUAGAUAAUGAGAUGAACCCAAAGAUUUCAGACUUUGGAAUUACUAAAAGUUUCGAUGGCAAUGAAACUGAAGCAAAAACAAAUGAAGUGGUUGGAACACAUGGUUACAUUUCUCCAGAAUAUGUAAUUCACGGUGUCUACUCUGUAAAAUCCGAUGAGUUUAGCUUUAGGGUAUUGGUGCUAGAGAUAUUGAGUGGAAAAAGGAAUCGAGAAUUUCAUCAUCCAGAUCACCACCUUAACCUUCUUGGCCAUGUAAGUCUUCAAUAA